AUGACAAAGGGGGCGGCGGCGGCCGGGCCGAGGGAGCGCGGCGGCCUGUCGUGCGCGGGGCGGCGUGGCGGUGGCGGCUGCGCCGGGGCCCGCGAGGCGGUGUACGAGUGGUUCGGGCUGGCGCUGGGCUCGGCGGAGCGGCUGGAGUUCGCCGUGGGGCUGCUGGGCCUCCUGCACCCGCUCGAGCUGCGCUUCCUGGGCUCCUGCCUCGAGGAGCUCGCCCGCAAGGACUACCACUGCCUGCGCGACUCCGAGGCCAAGGCCAACGGCGCCGCCCCCGCCAGCGACCCCGCCGAGCCGCCCCCCGCGCCCGCCUCGCCCCCGCCCCCGCGGCCCUCCUCCGACUUCCUCGACCCGGCCGCCCGCUCCAAGCUCAUCGUCUCCCUGGCGCUGCUGGGCUCCGAGAACCGCGAGGCCGCCGGCCGCCUCCACCGCCUCCUGCCCCGCGUGGACGCCGUCCUGCGAAGCUGCCGCCGGCCCGCCUCGCCUCCUCCUCCUUCUCCCGGCGCCGAAGAGGGCCUGGGGCUGGUGGCCCAGCAGGAGCUGCUGCUGCUCUUCACCAUGGCCUCCCUCCACCCGGCCUUCCCCUUCCACCAGAGGGUCACCCUCCGGCAGCACCUCGAGAGGCUGCGGGGGGCGCUCGGGCGGGACGCCCAGGAGGGGGACGGGAUCCCCUGCCACGGGGGACGGAACUUUUGCCAUAACUGCCUGACAAGUAAUGAGAACAGUUUGUAUGAACAAACAGCAGUGCUUCACGAUAAACUUAUGAUGGCCUCCCACCGACCACAGCAAGAAGCUGUGCAUAUUGAGAAGAUAAUGCUGAAGGGUGCACCAAGGAAAAGGGCUGACAAACAUCUAGAAUAUACUUUCAAAGUAACCUGGUCUGAUCAUUCUAUAUCCUGUGUAACAAAAACACACCAAGAGCUACAGGAAUUUCUUCUAAAACUUCCAAAGGAACUCUCUUCUGAAGCAUUUGACAAGACAAUUUUAGGAGCACUAAAUCAGGGGUUCCAGAAACACGAAGAAAGACGGCAUGCAGAUUUUGAACCUUUGAUAAGGCGACUGUUUGCAACUACAUCACAAGCUUUUCUACAGAAUCAGAGUGUGAACAACUUCUUUCAAUCUCUGUCAUCAGAAACUUUGCACAGCCACAAUAACCUUCAGUCUUCUUUAAAGACAUCUAAGACACCAGAACACUUCAAGGAGGACAGUUCAGAGGCUUCGAGUCAGGAAGAAGAAAUAAUACAGCACACAGUGGUCCAUAAGAAACACAAUGGGAAAUGCCCUCUUGCCAAUGCAAUAAACACAAAAUGCUGUGCCAUGGAUGGCUUCGAUACAGCACAUUCUGAACACAACGGCAUGGCAGACUGGAGAAGGAAAAGCUGUGCUAUGCAGCAGCAUCCAGAGCACUGUACACUACUUGAUCAGAACUCAGGAGAGAAAAGGAGUUUGCCUGCUAUGAAUAAGAAGAAAGGAAAGCCACAGUCAGAAAAAGAUAAAGUAAAGAAAACAGACAGCAGGUUAACCAUCAGAGCUAACUGUGUAAGAGUUGCAGAGAGUCACCACUUCCACCCAGGAACAGCAAAAGAUUCAAAUUUAGACAUUACUAUUGGACAUGAUACAUGCGGAGAAACCUCUUCAGAGAGUUACAGUUCUCCUUCUAGUCCACGGCAUGAUGGAAGGGAAAGCUUUGAAAGUGAAGAAGAAAAAGACAGAGACACAGACAGCAAUUCUGAAGACUCUGGCAACCAGAAUGUGUUGAGAUUUACCGCUUACGGCACUGGAGAUGUCAGCAAUUCACCUGCACAUAUUUCAGUGAGAUCACAGAAUGGAAAUAUGGUAGAAGAUCCUCUGAGUUCACAGUUCCAACAUAUUUCCUUUAUGCACUGCGUGACGCACAACGGUGCACAGAAACCUGAGGCAGCAAUUCCGCCAUGUAUAGCUCCUGACGGGAAAACUUUGGGAAUGGUUGCCGGCGGUCCUGUUCCCGUUUCCCCAAUGAGGGAGCCUGCAAACUCCGCUGUCAGAAUUGGCUCAGCUGGCGAAUCCGAAAAACACGCCGCUUCCUCCCCUUUGCCAGCUGCGUUCCUUCCACCCGCAGUCCAGCCAACAAUGCACAGAAUGAAAAUCUCUUCGCCACAGGCCUCGUCUGAUGGUUGCCCCAUGAGCAGUCUGCAGCAGCAAGCAGGGAAUUUAAGCAUCGGCUCACCUAACACUGCCUUUCUCCCAGUCCACAACCCAGGUAACUUUCCAGGACCUGCCGUUUCUACUACAGACCCAAUGUCCAAGCCCGCAUCCCACGCUGUGGGCCUAAAUCAAGUGGUGCCUCAUGUUGAGGGAAACGCAGGAGCGAUCCCUCAGCCUUCCAGUCUAAAAGUAGUCGUUCCCGCAGCUGGCCUCUCGACAGGACUUCCACCCGCUCCUUUUACCAUACCAGUGACUCUUCAUACUUCCAGUGUGUUGCCCAAUCAGAGCACAGCUGUGCUGAACACCAUCGCCUCCACGCCGCCUCCAUCCUCCGGACUGUGUGUGAGUCAGGUCCAGCCCACCGUUCCUCCAGCAGUGCCCACCCACACGCCAGGACCGGCCCCUAGCCCCAUCCCUGCUCUAACACACAGCACUGCCCAGAGCGACAGUACCUCCUACAUUAGCGCUGUCGGGAACACUAACGCUAACGGGGCUCUGCUAUCUCCACAGCAGCCGGGGUCUGGGCUGUGUGGGUCUUGUGGCCGCAGAUGCGGCUGUGGGACCAACGGCAACCUUCAAGUUAACAGUUACUUUUAUCACAACCCACUUCACGGACAAGUCUACAGAGUUCCACCUUUCAUCCCCCUGCCGUCGCUUUGCAAUGGUAGCUACCUCAACCAGCCGCACCAGACUAACGGGACGCAGAUCCCUUUUUACUUGCCUCGGGCGCCGUAUGCAAACGGGCUGAUGCACGACCCGGUCAUGGGGAGCCAAACCAACUACGGUAUGCAGCAGAUGGCAGGAUACGGGAGGUUCUAUCCUGUGUAUCCGGCUCCAAAUGUAGUUGCCAAUGCUAAUGGAUCAGGGCCCAAGAAGAACGGGAAUGUGUCCUGUUAUAAUUGUGGUCUUAGUGGGCACUAUGCACAGGACUGUAAACAGUCAUCCAUGGAGGCCAGUCAACCAGGCACUUACAGAUUGAGAUAUGCACCUCCCCCACCCCCUCCUAAUGAUACGUUGGAUUCUGCUGACUGAAACCAAGUAAACAUUGCCUACAUACCAAAAUGAAGGCUGGGAAAUCUGGGGAAUUCUUUGGAGUUGAGAGAUUCCUUGUGUGUGUGUUUCGUUGUUGUUGUUUUUUUUAAUAUUCUUUUGCAUUUUUCCCCCCCCAUUGCUCAUGAACUUCUGUUCUAAUACGAAAGAAGAAAGCAGUUUUGCUCCUGGUCUGACUCGCAUAAAGUGUGUUGCUAUCUCAGCCAGUCGAUCCGAUGAGCAUUUGAAUGACUAGACUUUUGCACUGAAGACAUAACACAUGCAAUGUUUACUUCAUUUUGACCUCUGACUACACUGGUUGAACAGCCAUAUGGUUGAAAGGAGAAACUGGGUCAUUCUUUCCCUCCCCCCCCCCAUGCUGCUGAGUCUUCUCCCCCCUCCCCCUUGGCUGGGUCUGCCGUCUCCCUGGGACUGGGUGGGGGGGCGUUCAGCCAUUUAUGUAGAUCCUGCCCACAACACUAGUAACUGAUUUGCUCUGUCUGUGAACCCAAUGGGGACGCUGGUUUCUUGUUAAACUGAAAACCCUCAACAGUGCAUAUGCAUUCUCUGAUAAAUAUAUAGCUCUUACGUGCCUCAGUGAAAAUACAUAGGAUGGGGAAGGCUUAAAACAAUGUGGACUUUAAAACUAAUUUCUGAAAUAAGAAAUAAGUUGAACAAGUUUCUUUAGUUUGUGUUUAUUUUUUUCUGUUGAUUCUAUUUCAAAGUGGGGAGGGGGGUGAACGGUCUGAAUGCCUUCUUAGUUUGUGUGUCUGCAUUUGUGAUGAAAGUUGGCAGUGAGUACCUUUUUUGUACUCUAGUUUGUCAGAACAAAAAAAAAAUUACUUGAUUUAAACUUUUCCCCUUUUGGCUAUUGCGGUGUUGUAUUUAGAAUGUAAAAUGGCUUGUUUCAAUCUGGACAGAAACCUACCUGAAUUCUGCAGAUCCGAAUUGGGUAUUUCUAUGCCAGAACCAGUCUACCAAAUAGCAAUGUCACUUUCUUAUGACAAUUUACCACUGUGUGAUCACGGUAUAAUGUGAAAGACUCCAAUGAGUGUGAAGAUUGAUCAUGUUUGUGUCACGUCACCAAGUUUAACGCUGCUGUAUUUUAUUUCUAAAAGCCAAUAUAUCCUAAAUUGCUUCCAGGUAAUAUUUUUGGUUUCUUAAAUGCACUGAAUUUAUCUGGAAGAAGACUUCUGACUGUUGAAAUGAACGCUGAACUACCACAAUUUGUGUAUCCAUAGGUAUUAGCAUUCCUCACAAUUCAUAGCAGAAAUAUAGAUUUUACUUAUUUGAGAAAAUUAGAUAUACAUGCAGCAAAACAAAACCCACUUUGGGUUCAGUCAACCAACUGUUAAAAGGAAAAAAAAAACUUGAAAACUUGAUUUACUACAUUUCUUCAUAGAUAGCAUUUAUAUUUAUAGCACCAAUAUAUUUUGAAAUUGUGGGAGUUAAAGGGGUAGAUGAGAACUUUAAUUUAAAAAAAAUUAGCAUAGGAAAUUAUUUUGGUUAAAAUAUUUUAUUUGCUCUGGGUAUCUUGGACCAUAUUAAAAUAAAAUAACUGCUUCUGAGUUUAGUGAGGGUGUGGAAACACUGGUGGACUCACAUUCUGAAUUAUCUGCCAGUUUAUGGGGCUUAUUUUAUGAUUUAAGAUACUGUACUGUAAAUGGGAGGUACGUUGCCUUCUCUUUAUUUGUAUGUUUACCAUAUACUUUGAUAUUUGAAAUGUUAUGUACUGGAAAGGUCACUUAUAUUUCUAGAACAGAUUGGAUUUUAUGCAGCAUUUUUCCUUGAAUUAACAGCAAUAAAAAGGGGGAAAAUCA